UGCACUGCAUGUCUUAAGCCCUGUGUUCAAGUGACUACCCGGGCACCUUUAGAGCAAAGGGACAGCCCUGCAGCUCAGGAAUUCCAGCUGCUUUGGGGAUGAAAAGGUCAGAUUACUCACCCCUGAGCGUGUUUCGUUCUGACCAAUAGAAAACACCUUGGGCUUUUCCCUGUUUCCAGUUUGCUAUUUCACUUCCUGGAUUGAGGGUGGGGUGGUUAAAGGCUCGCACGUAGUUCUCAAGUUUCCAGUGGGGCUCUGGAAUUCAGGCAGGAGCACUCUUCAAAAUAUUGGGUGCAGCAAAGAAAGGAUUUAGAGGUGAGGGUACAACCUGGGCUGUGGAUGGUACUCGCCAAGUAACAGAGCCCAUCCUGGAAGACAUUCCCUGGCCGGGAUUUGUAGCCCUGGAUUGUUCCUCGGGUGACUCCAGACUGCCUCACUUCACCAACGGUCCGACUGGGAAGCAGGUAUGAGCCCCGGACUCCAAACAACACAGCUAGGCAACCGCAGAACUCAAGGGAAAGAAAUUCAGCUUGAAAAUGCAAAGGCUGAUAGGGAAAUGGUCAUCACUGUUGAUCAAGAAACAGAUUGUCCUGAGCUGGUACUAUAUGUAGGAGCCAUCACACUUGGGGAGAAGCAUAGAAAGAAAAUGAAGAACCCUCUCAGAAAACGGGAGAGUGAACACAUCUCUCAAGCUAUGUGUGCUCUCCUGAACUCUGGAGGUGGGGUGAUCAAGAUUAAAAUUGAAAAUGAAAAUUAUAGCCUCAACAGGGAUGGCCUGGGACUGGAUUUGGAAGCCUCUCUUUGUAAAUGUCUUCCAUUUGUGGGGAGGCACCUAGACUUCAUGGAGCAUGGAAGCUACUUUUACAUCUGUGUGAAACCCUGGAGUGUGGACAUCUUUGGGUCACCGAUUGGCACCCUGAGAACCAAUUUGUACGUAAGAACCUGGUCAUCCUCAGUUGAAGUGGUUGCCUCUGAUGCUCUCGAGUUUCUCCAAGACCUGGAGGAAACUGGAGGGAGAUCCUGUGUCAGACCAGAGCCUCCUGUAAGCAGAGCCUGCCCUGGAGUAGAAGAAGAGAGUCUCCUGGAGGACCUGGCUGCUGCAGUUUUCAACAAAACCCAAUUUCAGUACCAAGAAGACGUUCCCUUCACCAGGUCAGCUUAUGCUGAAGUGGCAUUGCUUUCAGGGAAACAGCUUCGAAAACACAUUAAAGAGCUUAUCCCUCGAACAGUUUCUGCCUUUGCAAACACUGAAGGGGGAUAUUUGUUCUUUGGUUUGGAUGGUGACAAGCAACAAAUAAUUGGUUUUGAAGCAGAUGAAAGCGAUCUUGGGCCCCUAGAGAGUGAAAUAGAGGAGUGCAUCCGACAGCUGCCUGUCACUCACUUCUGUGAGGAGCAGGAGAAGAUAAAGUACACAUGCAAAUUCAUCCAAGUCCACAGACAGGGAACUGUGUGUUCAUAUGUCUGUGCGCUCAGAGUAGAGAGAUUCUGCUGCGCCGUGUUCGCUGCAGAGCCGGAAUCCUGGCAUGUGGAAGGCGACCAUGUGAAGAGGUUUACCACGGAGGAAUGGGUCAAGUGCCUGAUAGCUGGCAAGCCAAGUUCAGGCACCACUGGUGCGUGAGUUCACACAGGUCUACUGGGCAUGUAUUAGCUGCUGCUCUCAAGGAACACAUAUGGUUCAAUAAUGCCAUUCUUUUAACCUGUCACAGCUGAAGUACUUCAUGGCCACAAGUGGGCUCAUGGCCACAAGUGGGCUAAGCCUGCAAGUCCCUGAAGCUCUGUAACUGGAAACUGAGAAAGAAAUGCAGUCAUGAGAUCAGGCUUCUGUCAAGCUUGUGGGACUUUUUUUUUUUUUUUUUUUUUUUUUUGGUCUUAGACCUAGCUCGAGGCCAGCCUCGAACUCACAGAGAUCAACCUGUUUCUGCUUCCUGAGUGCUGGCACUAAUGGUGUGCACCACCAACAUCUGGCUUGACUUUUCUCCCUUCCUUUCUUUCUUUCUUCCUCCCUUUCUAACUUUUAUUGAUUCUCUGUGGAACUAUUGCAUCCCAGUUCCACUCAUCUCCCCACCCCUCCAGAGCUGCCCUCUGCCCUUGCAACCUCUAACAAGAAGGAAAGCAAUAAACAAAAACUAAAUAAAGAUUUACAAUGAAAAAGAUCUCACCAUGGAAGGUAUGGUGUGUUGCACACAAUAAACACUUUUUCUUAAACAUC